AUGCCUUCAUAUGCUAAAUUCCUUAAAGAGAUUCUAUCCAACAAGAAAAAUCUUGAGGAUGAUGAAACCGUUAUGCUUACUGCAGAAUGUAGCGCUAUCUGUCAAAAUAACAUGCCUCCUAAACUGAAAGACCCUGGUAGCUUUUCCAUACCAUGUGUAAUCGAAACGUUUAUCAUAGACAAAGCUAUAUGCGAUUUUGGAGCCAAUGUUAGUUUAAUGCCCUUAUCCACAUGCGAAAAACUCAAUCUAGGAGAAUUAAGACCAACAAAGAUGUCUCUACAACUAGUUGACCGUUCCAUUAAAUUUCCCAUAGGUAUGCUAGAGAAUGUUCCCGUUCGCAUAGGACAAUUCUAUAUUCCUAUCGACUUUGUAAUAAUGGAUAUAAAAGAGGAUUCCCACAUCCCUAUUAUCUUAAGAAGACCCUUUUUAGCCACAACCGGAGCCAUCAUAGGUGUGAAGAAUGGAAGGCUAACAUUCAAAGUCGAAGAAGAAAAAGUUGAACUGCUCUUAGCUAAAUUCCUACAAGCAUCAUCUAUAGACGGAUCAUGUUGUUUCUUAGACGUCAUCGAUGAAUGUGUGAAAUAA